GCUUUUGUUUCGCAGUUUAAGUAAUCAUGGCGGACGAAUGCUCGUAGCAUGUCUUGCGUGUCGGUGUUACUGAAAGUAAAGUGAUCGUCCAUGAAAUUACAACUUCGUCAGGAAGAGACGUUGAAAGAAAAAAGGAACGUCGAAGGGACGACGGACAUCUUGAAAAAUAUUAAAUUACUAUGCAAUUUCGAAUUCGUUACGUUACAGGUAGCGAAGAGGAUCCUUUUUUUCGCGUGGGAACAGCAGGUGCGGCUGGCUCUCUCGUGAAUUCAUGAGCGAAACAAAACGGUCGAUCGUGUUCAUUCAUCUAACCCACUCGUGGUUGUCGAAUCUUACAGUGGUGCAUGACGAACGUGGACAAAUCGUACGAAGGAGAAUGUACAGACAACUCACUGUCAAAACUUGAUAACUUUGAAAGCACACUUGCAUGGUGCAAGUCAUGAUUUGAACGAGCAUCAACACGUUGAAAGAGUUUUCGAUCGACUGGGCGAACCUUCGGAAUACGACGGAUGAUAAAAUUUUGGAGCACCGCAAUUCAUGAUAUAAAUGAAAAUUAUUCGAUCGACCAACCAAUUGAGAUGUUCGUGUCUCUUCACUAUUAACGCCAAUUUUUUUACAAAGUUAUCGGCCCUUCUCUUUUUUGUGCUUCUUUCGUCCGCCAACGUUUUGAGAGUUAACCUGAGAUUCGAAAUUUGUGCGCAUACAUGAAGAACCAACAUCGAUAUGAAACUAUCGACGCCUGUAUAAGAGACGGUCGCGCUGUAUGCUGCUAGAAUUUGUCCGGUAUACGUUAAAUAGAACAACGGAGUCCUCCUUACGUCGUACGGAAAAUAAGCAGGACAGAUUAGAGUUCGAGCCGGUUCCAUCUGAUCCCUCUGCAUUUGCGCGAUCAUGAUGAUUCGAAGAACAUUGCUCAGCAUAAUUGAUCUCUCCUCUUCGCUCUUCGAUCUAUUCCAAUCAUCGACGAAAGCACCGAGAAGAGGAUUCAGAGCUACGAGAUAACACAUCGGCAAAUCGUUAUCUUAAGAAAUAUUUUCAAAACUUUCAAUCUACGGGGCUCACUUUUAAGGUGAUACCAAAUAACGAAAAGUUUUAUGCAAGCCAUCGUAACUGGAAUGUUCGCCGUUGCUAAAUCUUCCGUCAUUAGAUCGAGGUCGCCCCAUAUUAUUGCCAGGUACGCCGUUUGUGGUAUGAUUAUGAAUCCUAGCAUGAAAAAUGCGUGUACGGUCCAACGAUAUUUCGUAAAGCCGAUAUUUUUAUUGAGCUGAUUGAAAUCCGGCCAAACACCAAGAAAUUUUAGAUUAAAUCGAUUCCAACCGAUCGCGUAAUCCAAAUCUGUGAAAAAAUACAAUCGCGUUUAAUUAAGAAUAUUUCGUUAUGAUUUUUGUUCCCCUUUCGAUUUACGUAUCGCGUUAAAUCGUACCUUUGCUAAAUGCCAUAACUCUGUCACGAGACAGAUCAUGUAACGCGACGAUCCAACGACUGCGUUUUAGUUGGUCCUUAGAUACGAAUAUCUUUUACUUCUUCCUCGAUACGACAGUACGACGCAUGCUCUCUCUCUCUCUCUCUCUCUCUCGUCGAAGUAAAACGAACUACCACUCCCCCACCACCUACUUAAAAAUGCAUCGAUCCAGUACCGUACCAUUUAAUUUCGUCUUCCCCUUCUAAAGCACAGUUUAACUUGAUUUAUGCCUUGAAAAAAAAAAAAAAAAAAAAAAAAAAAGAAAAAGAAAAAAAAAAAUUAGCGAUCCUAAUCUUUCAGGUUUUACCUACGUGUUCCCUGAGGUGUUUAAAAGUAUCUCGGUGCACGGCUUUAUAUAAGGAAUUUCUUAGUUGUUCGGUGUUAAUUACAUUAAUUUAUACAUUUUCGCUACCCGCUCGACAACGUUCCAGUAAUGGGGUUCGCGAGCGGAUAUCGCAAUGGUUUGGGAAAGUUUCAUAAGAAAGAUUCUAGUCUAAUUUGGCAACGAAAUCUGAAACGAAUUACUAUUGGCUGAAAUCGUCGAAUACCAAGGCGUAUAAGGUUCGUAAUUCUCGUAUAAGGUUCGUUCGAUCUUUCAGAGAGUUAAUUCUUGUAUUUCAUUUCGUAUCCGGUACCAUGGGAUUAUGAUAAUAAUAACGGGUGAUUUAUUUUUGACGAUAUUUUGUAUAUAUUCAAUGGAAAGCUAAUACAAUAAUAAUGAUAAUUUCUUUUUUUUUCUUUUUACGUAAAAAAUAUCAUUUAUUCAUUGGCCUUUGUAUAUAAUACGAACCGUGUGAUCCUUGGGGAGAUCACACGGUAUAGAAAUAAAUAUGAUAUAUGUAGGUACAUACAUGUAAAGCAAACGAUAAACUCUCUUUGCAGGACACGUUCUAUUAAAUUUAACACUCUUACGCUAUUAUCUCUUUUGAUCUCGAAUAAUCUAACAAGGAGAUCAAAAGGGAUCGCGCUCAUGCAAUCGUGCGUUCGCAGAAAGCCAUUUGGGAAACGAGUUACUCGUUCUUUCGUCGAACUCACGAGAUAGAUUGAUGUCUUGUGAGAGUUUCUAGAAUUAAAUUAAAAUAGAAUGUGCAUAUCAUUAAAUAAAAUCUCGCCUCGAUGGCAAUUAUGUACAAUUGAUCAGUAAAGAUCUCCUUCGACGUGACUAAAAAGGAAAGGAAAGAGAAAAGUUGAAGAAAAGGAAAGGAAAAAGAAGGAGAGAAAAAGAAAUGAGGAAAGUUGUCCUCCUCUUAUCGAUGAUGAUUAGAAGAAAAUAUUUCCAGGUCUAGCUUGAGGGCAAAGAAAACUCGAACAAUCGUGCCUCCUGAUGGCGUCCAUUACUUCCUCGAAAUGACUCGAUACUUGCAUGGCUGCUCCGGGCUGAAUUCUAUAAAAUUUUUUCAUCUUAUUAAGAAAUAAUGAUGAAAGAUCUUUGAAUAGAGUAAGGCAACUUAUUCGACCGACGAGAAAGCUAUUAAAUACCUUUUACGAAAUUGACGCGCGCACGCGUGUGCGCUGUAUAUAUGUAUAUAUAUAUAUAUAUAUAUAUAUAUAUAUAUAUAUAUAUGUGUAUGUAUAUGUAUAUAUUAACUGUUACCAAAAAAGUAAUCAAACGGUGAUAUAAUAAUAAUGUUGGUUUCAUUAGCACGUUUAUGGCAAGACCGGUGAUUGAAUUAUGUAUUGUCUCUUAUGAAUAUCCAGGAAGUGGAAUCUGUAACUGUCUUAACUGUCUCGUUUUAAUAAUCGCUGUAUUAAUUUUAAUUGAAACUAACAAAUUACUUGUAUUGUUAAUAUUAUUGUAGAGAGGACGUAAAUAAUAUUAAUUAAUAAAUCUUAGAAAAGUCGAAAUAAUACAUCUGAAAGUAUUUUUCUCUAUAUGUAGAUUUUCUUCUAUCACACCACACGUGGUCAGUGCCAUACCGGCUCAGAUCCGAAGUAUAGUGAAACUGUGCUAAGAGGUAAAAGUCGUAUCAGUCAGUAGGACGUUGUCGGCGAAAGCUGGAAGAAAGUUAUCCGUUUCUCGAUACUGGUUACUAUCGGUACUUGCCUCUUCGAUAUUCCUAUUCAUUUACUUUAACGCAUUCGUGUAACUUAAUUGCAUAUUGAAAUCCACGAGAGAAACGUUUGAUUUCGUGUAUCGUGAAUUAAAGUUAGAUCUAACAUCGACUACAAUUGUCAACGUCGUAGUCGUCGUAAUCGUCGUAUUCGUCGUUGGUACGUCGAACGUAUCACGGGCCCGAGCUAUUUAUUUAAAAUAAAAAUUUUGUCGUUGUAAUUAUUGACGGUUAGAAAGUGGAUAAACUGCAGCUUUCUCGUUACCGGUUAGAGUAACAGUAUCUAUUAAUGAGGGAACAAGUUGCUAAGAAGAACAAAUUUUUGUCCCACAUAAGUUAUUUACGUGAAUUGAAACUAUGACAAAUGUAAAUAAAGAUUGUUCGAUACUUACAGACCCAACAACUUAGCCAUCUUCUUUUCCAUGAAGAUCGAAGCGUCGGGAUCCUUUUGAAUCAUAGUGUCACAGAAUAUCCUUUUUGCGCAGGGUGUAUUGGUCCAGUCCCCAUUGAUAUGUGCAAUUUCGGCAACCUCGGCGUUUUCCAGAUUUUGCAAUAUAUCGUCUAAUUCCUGAUCAUCAAUUUCCGUACUUCUUUUCCUUCUCGUUUUAUUCCGUUCCUCCGUAGAUAUUUUUUUAGAUCUUUCAAUCGCUUCCUCGAUUAUCCUUGCAACCUUAAUGAAGGAAUCUUUGUUGGUUACAUCGGUACCAAGAUCCUUUUUUAUCAUUUCCUCAGAUAUAGAAUCAUCUCCGAUAACAAAAAUCGUUCUGUCCUUUCCCAUUUCCUUCUCCUUCUUAGUAUUUUUUCUAGGAAUCAAAAAUUCAGUGACAUCGAUGUUACCCUUGGCGGCUGCAGGUAGAUCAAUCUCAACUAUCUCGGUGAUCGAAUCUGCCCCUUUCCUCUGUAAUCUCUUGCUCUUUUCAAGACUCUCGACAUCAGCCUCGGCAUUAAAAAUAUCCAAAUAAUCCAGACUCCUUCUAUUGCGUUGAUUAUUUUCCAAAGUCUCUGGAAUUUCCUUCUCUUGUUCCAGCACCAAAAAUAGAUCAUUGUCCGUUGAUACAUGCGGAGACAAUUGGAAGUCGUUGUUAUCUUUUCUCUGCUUUUCGGUUACUUCGAAAAACGAGGGAUCCAUUUCCAUCGCUCUUUUAUGUUCCAGAUCGAUAGUAUCUUCGUUGGAUCUCUUUAGAACGUCGACGUCAAGAUAUCUUCCCACUGCCACAGCACCAAUUCCGAGUGCAGCACCAGACGCAACGAGACCAAGAGCAGGAUGAGAAGAGAGAAAAAGAGGAAAAGGAGAAAAAAAGGCCGGUCGACUUUCACUUUUCGAAAGUCGUGCAAAGUAGUGAAGAAAGAAGAGACGGAGGAGGAAGAGGUGAAAGAGAAAGAGGAGGAGGAAGAGGAGGUAUAACACACGAGAUACACGAAGAGGAAAGUGGCUCUAUGAAUUUUUCCGGGAAGCAAAAUACAUAUGGCCUUUCGAUUUCUCGAGUGAUAUCGUGAACGCCGGAAAUGCAUCGAGGUAAUAUGGAUCAGUAGGUAAGUGUGGCCCAUGGCAACGCACGAACAUGAGAAAGAAAGAAAGAAAGAAAGAAAGAAAGAAAGAGAAAGGUGAAGAGACAGAGAGAGAGUCAGUCCUUUGGAGACUCAGUCACGAUCUUCAAACUCCUGACUAAUCCUUCUAAUCUCUCUUUCUCCUCUUCUCACGUUUUAUUCGAUUCCAACGGUCGAAGAAGACCAUAGUUUUUAAAAAUACAGAUUUUAUGUUCUUUCAUAAGAGAAAAAAGAAAAAAAGAAAAAGGAAACAAAUCUCAUAGAUCUAAUUCAGAAGAUUAACGAAUUUCUCUUUUAUACGAUAGAAAUGUAAACUCAAGGACUAACUUUUGAUAUAACGAUCAUAAAAAUCAAUGUAAAUUUGUCCAUUAAACUCUAAUUGAUUGUAUCUAAUCUCGACGGCUUGACCAAUUCGAAAUCUCCAAUAUCAUAAAAAAGAAAUCAAUUUGUUUAAGUUAAGAGAGGGAGAUGUUAUUAUGGUGUAUAUUUUGAAUGAUCUUCAAGUUUACGUAAGACUUGUUCGUUGUUGGAGAAAAAGAAAAAAUAAAGGAGAAAGAAAAAAAAAAAGAGGAAAAGAAAAAAAAAGAAAUUCAACGCCUUUUUUCUCGUCGAGGUGAAUUAACGAUACGAUGCGUUAACAAUUAUGAGCACGUACUUAGUUACUUACUUACGACUCAUUCUCAGCUUGGACGACCUCGUCGCGACGACGUUUUCCAAUAUCGUUCGGCAUCUUUUACAAACUCGCUUUCCUUGACAUAUCUUGUAAUACCCACGCGUCGUCAACUUUACAACGACUUCGUCAUAAUCCUUAUGUCAAAAAAUAAUCGAAAGAAAAUUUCUGCCUUCAAUUAAGAUCUAUAAAAUGUUUUAGCGAUGACGUUAACUAAUAGCAAGCUCGAACGUCUAACUAAACUUUCUUAUAUUGAUACCUUUCAUUGUUCCUAAAUCUUUGCUCGUUAAUAAACGACUCACGUUAACGAAGAAGGCACGAUUGAGACGUCCGUGACGUAGUCGUUGUACAAUGUCAUCAAAGUAACAGCAGGGUCGUAACGUCGGCAUAAACGUGAAAGUUCAUGAAGAAGAGACUAUUACAGAAUCGUUCCUUGUCUUUAUCUUGGUCCUAUUGUUCGAAUGAUCGCCGAGGCUAUCGCCGAAGAAGAGGAGUGUGGAAAGGAGAAAUGGCGAAGUUAGAACAUGUGAAAAAGAAGGAGAGAGAGAGAGAGAGAGAGAGAGAGAGAGAAAGAGAGGAGAAGAAUCCGUUUCCUCGGUGACCAGGCUAGACAAGGACAAGGAAAUCCAACAGCGCCAGGUCGAGAAGGAGAUGUAAAAUGGACCAAGUACAUUCGAAGUGGGGACCUGGAUUAAAAGCAAACGAGGCCAACCUCUCAGUAACAGAACCAUCACGGACCUUGAAGAGGCGAGGUCGUUCUUUGUUACUCUUCUUUCUAUCUGCUCUUCUUGGCUGACUACUGCUACUAGUGUGCACGUUGCCGUGGCCGCCAACGAUAACGGGUUCUCACUUUGAGACUCAACAACGAUUCGCCUUGUUCAUGUAAUUAAACAUCUCUACGUUGGAAGGCUUUAUCGUGUAAUUCGAUACACCAUAUCUACACGAUGGCGAUCACGAACGGAACGAUCUGUUUGCUUCUUUUAAUCUUCAUCCUAGAAGGUUCCUAUUGCAACACCAGAUACUUUGUUAAAAUGAGGACCAAUGCCUCCGAAUUGUUCAAAACGAAGAACGAAAAUCUUCGAAUACCUCAGGAACCGAUUGCUAUGACUCAAGGCCCGUUAUCCGAUGAAACUAGGGACGAUCAACGAAAUAACGAUGAAAGAAUGAUUCGAGAUGCCUUGACCCUGGAAUACGACAGACGAAAUAGUUUUGAGACCUCCACAUUCAAUCCCGAUGUACUCAACAAGUUCCUCGAGGAUUACGCCAAUAAAAUUAAAAGUUCUACCGAAAAAGACUUUAAACUUCCGUUGAAAUUCUCUAAACCAACGGUGGAUCCGCUCAUUCUUGAAGUUGACGAGUCUACCACUGAUUCUUUCACUACUAUACUCGACGAUGAAAAAUCCACUUUGGAUCCUAUCAAUUCUACUUUAAACGAGGACAAGCUUAGUGAGAUUUUGAAUGAUACAUUGAAAAGAAAUAAGUAUUAUGGUAUGAACUCUCACGACGAUAGAAAUGGUUGGGUUACGCUAGAUGCAAUACCAUGGUCCAAAAGUAAAAUUUCAAAGUGGCAGGCAAAUCCAAGUACUCAACGUCCUUGGCCAGAGAUAAAACCAUGGGAGAAACCUAGCAUGGCUAAACCAUGGACGUCCGAUUAUUCCUCCAGGCCGACUUAUGAAAACAACAAACCUUGGCACGAAAAGCCAAAACCUUAUUGGCAAGAAAACGGUAAUGAAAAACCAUGGCAAAAACCAUCGUCGUCCUCUCGUCCGUCUUAUUAUCCAGACAAGUACGAUCAAGUUUCUAAUCAAGCUCAAAAGUGGCCACCGGAGAAGCCAUCUUGGGACAAAUACCCUUCUAAUAUUCAUCGGCCAACUGAUAUUAUAACCGACGACAGGCCUACCAACUUUCCAAAUACAUGGAACAACAGGCCUCAAUCUUCUAGACCACAUCCUUUUUUAGACAGAUAUCCUGAAAGCAAUCAUGCCGACGAGACUAACAACGAUUGGCACGACUUUCCACCGAGAACCGAAUCAUUGGACAGACCUAGACCAAGCGACAGACCAAAUUUCUCGCAUUAUCAAUACGGUAAUAAUCAUCCAUCUUCUCAUCCAUCUAACGGAGAUGGACAAUGGGUACUUCUAUCAACGAACAGAGGAUAUUCCAAGUCCCGUCAGAGAUCCAUCAAAAUCGACACAUUGACUCCUGAACUGGUCAAACUAUUGAAUGGAAAUAAAACGAAAUCCAGCAACAAAGAGAACGUCGAUCCAACCAUUGCCGUUAUGACAUCAAAGCGGCAGGUCAGGUUGACGGUGUUACCGUCGAUCAACGGCACCAACACUACAACAUCGCACGGCGGUCUCUUAGAAGUCGAGAGGACUUUCAAGAGCGUCGAUCAGAGCCGAAAGGAAUACGAGAGAGACAGAGCGACAACAUUACCGACUAUAUUGAAAAAACGACCAAUCAGGAACACAUUGAACGGCGGGGGUCAAGUUUCAAGUUCAGCGGUUCUCGCGGCAGUCGGAGCAGGUUCGUCAUCGCGGAGAACGCGUCGUUGUAUUUAUUAUUUUACUCGUUGAAUUAACGUAUCUUAUCAUAUUU